CAUUUCACGGUGAAAAAAGUGGUGUGCCAAUCCGUGGUGUUCCGACCGAGAAAAAGACUCUCUCCUGGAAGACCGCAAUCUCAACAGGCCGCCACCAUGGAUCAGUUCGUAGCCUGGCUGAACGGGAAGCUGCGCGAGUUCAACACGGACGAGGGCAUCUUCGGCUCGUACAUAACCGGAAUCCUCGAGGGAGACGAAACCAGUGAGGAAAAGACGGAAGCGCUGGAAGGCAUCCUGGCGGAGAUCAUUGAAUCCGACAGCAGCGCCUUCAUCACAGAGAUUCUGGACCGGUGGAAACAGUGCCACCAGGAGCAGUCGGCCGCCGAGAGUGCGGGCCCGAAGCUGAAGCUGGACGUUGAUGAGCAGCUGGCGAAGCUGCUGGAGAACCAGAAACUUGCCACCAAGGUCGAGCGGGAGUACACCGAGGAGGAGCGGCGGAUCAAGCAGCAGAUUCUGUCGCAGUACAGUCAGCUCUCUGAGGACGAAGCCGAGGACGAUGACGACGACGAGGCCAGUGGGGCUGCCGGCGGCGGAGGCGGAGGAGGAGGUGGGCCCUCCUCCGACGGGUUGCUCCAACGCAACACGAACGCAGCCGACGUGCAGGCGCUGAUCCGUGAAAAGCGCGAACAAGCUCGGCUCGAAAGCAAGGAGAAAAAGGAAAAGGACAAACAGGACCGCGAAAAGCAGAAGCAACUGCGCGAGGAAAAGAAGGAAAAGCGUAAAACCGUCAAAGGAGAGCGGCGGCGGUAGCGCCCUUAAGGAAGCGACUCUAACAAUCGAAAAGGGGCUAAACACUUUGU